AUGUUUAAAGUUCAAUUGCAUUUUCUUAUUAUAUCAAUAGUAUUUUAUGGCAAUGAUGCAAUUGAAUAUCGUUACCAUAAUUAUUCUGAAAUGACAUCUAUUCUUCAAGAUUUAGCUUCUCGAUAUCCAACAAAAGCAUCAUUAGUUGAAAUAGGAAAAUCACAAAAAGGCAGAUCUUUAUGGGCUAUGGCACUUAGUGCAUAUGCUCCUAAUCAACAUAUAUUACUUCGACCGGAAGUUAAAUAUAUCGGAAAUAUGCAUGGAAAUGAAGUUGUUGGAUUAGAAGUAUUAUUACAUUUAAUCGAGUAUCUUUUAACAUCAAAUAAUAUACAAGUUUAUCAAUUAAUGAAUCAAUCUCGAAUAUGGAUAAUGCCAUCUAUGAAUCCAGAUGGUUUAGAAAAAUCAAUAUAUGGUGAUUGUUCAUCAACUACUGGAAGAUAUACAUUGAAUAAUAUUGAUUUAAAUCGAAAUUUUCCAGAUUAUUAUGGUGCUGCAGUUCAAUCAUCGAUUCGAGCACAAGAAACAAGUGCAAUUAUGUCUUGGCUUGCUAAUGUUUCGUUUGUUCUUUCAGCUAAUUUUCAUGGAGGGUCAUUUGUUGUAAAUACACCAUUGGAUCGUUAUUGUAAAAUAUUUGUUCGAAUUAAUAUUUAA